GGCAGACAGGGGGCGGUCGCGCCCACUUCCUCCGCCGCUCGGCACCCGCGGGGCGGCGCACCCGGGUGGCAGCACUGCGCCCAGACCUUCCCGGCUGCGGCGAGGCGGCCCUCGGCGCGCUCAGAUUCCACCGCGCGCUCUGCGACCUGGCUGCGGAGCGUUCGGCUGCUCACAUGGACGCGGCGCUGAAGCGGAGCCGCUCUGAGGAGCCGGCAGAGCUCCCGCCACCCGCCCGGGAGGUGGAGGAGAAAGAGGAGGAGGAAGAGAGGAUGGAGCAGGGCCUGGAGGAGGAGGAAGAAGUGGACCCCCGGAUCCAGGGAGAACUGGAGAGGUUAAAUCAAUCCACGGAUGACAUCAACAGACAGGAGACUGAACUUGAGGACGCACGUCAGAAAUUCCGAUCCGUCCUGGUCGAGGCAACAGUGAAGCUAGACGAACUGGUGAAGAAAAUCGGCAAAGCUGUGGAGGACUCAAAGCCCUACUGGGAGGCCCGCAGGGUGGCAAGGCAGGCUCAGCUGGAAGCUCAGAAAGCCACACAGGACUUCCAGAGGGCCACCGAGGUGCUCCGCGCUGCCAAGGAGACCAUCUCUCUGGCUGAGCAGCGGCUGCUGGAGGAUGACAAACGGCAGUUCGACUCUGCGUGGCAGGAGAUGCUGAAUCAUGCUACUCAGAGGGUCAUGGAGGCUGAACAGACCAAGACAAGGAGUGAACUGGUACACAAGGAGACAGCAGCCAGAUACAAUGCAGCCAUGGGCCGUAUGCGGCAGCUGGAGAAGAAACUCAAGCGGGCCAUCAACAAAUCCAAGCCUUAUUUUGAGCUCAAGGCAAAGUACUAUGUGCAACUCGAGCAACUGAAGAAGACAGUGGAUGACCUUCAGGCCAAGCUGGCCCUGGCAAAAGGCGAGUAUAAGGCAGCCCUGAAGAGCCUGGAGAGAAUCUCAGAUGAGAUCCAUGAGCGCCGGCGUUCCAAUGCCAUGGGGCCUCGGGGCUGUGGCGUGGGGGCUGAGGGAAGCAGCAUAUCAGUGGAGAAGCUGUCUGGGAGCAGACCUGAGCCUGAUGCCAUCUCUGUGGCUUCCGAAGCCUUUGAAGACGACAACUGCAGCAACUUAGUGUCUGAAGAUGACUCAGAAACUCAGUCUGUGUCCAGCUUCAGUUCAGGACCAACAAGUCCAUCUGAUGUGCCUGACCAGUUCCCUGCAGUGGCAAGGCCCGGCAGCUUGGAUCUGCCCAGCCCCGUAUCCCUGUCUGAAUUUGGAAUGAUGUUUCCAAUACUGGGCCCUCGAAGUGAAUGCAGCGGGGCCUCCUCCCCUGAAUGUGAGGUGGAACGAGGAGACAGAGCAGAAGGGGCUGAGAAUAAAACGAGUGACAGAGCCAACAACAACCGUGUUCACGGCAACAGUGGUGGUGGCAAGGGGAGGAGCCAAAGCAGCACAUCCCCUGAAGGCCAGGCCUUGGAAACCCGUAUGAAGCACCUCUCCCUACAGUGCUCAAAAGGAAGAGAUGGGAUUAUCGCUGACAUAAAAAUGGUGCAGAUUGGCUGACUCACCCAGGGCUAUGGCCCACGUGCAAAUCACAUUUAUACAUGAAACUUGAGAAACAUCGUGCCAAUACUCAUUUAACAUAAGCCAGAUAGUAUGCAUUUACUCUAAACUGCACUAACCAAGUUUCAGUGACCUUGAGGGCUGAAGCAUUUCCCUCUGGUAAGAGCUCUUGGGCUGGUGUUUUUCAGAGCAAAGCCAUCACAGGUAAACUGUGACCAGGGUCACAGCCUUUGCGGAACGUUCCCUUGUAGCGGCAGUGUAGAAGCAAUAACUAGUUUCUGUGAAAGAAGCCGAGCCAGGAGGGGAACUGGACACUUAACCAGACUGGGGUCACCAGCCUACAUCUCUAUCCCUCUAUUUGGGGAAACUGAGAUGUUCUCUCCAUUAUAUCACAGGGCACCAAAAUAAUUUUAAAACUCACACAAACAGAAACUCAAGUGUUCAGAACACAUUGUUUUGACCCAGUGAAAUCUCAAAAACAAUGCCAAGAACACAAUUUCAUCUUCAUCACCUCUGGUGCAGAGAGGGAUUUAAAAAAAAAAAAAAAAAAAAAAAAGCAUGUCUUCUGGGACACCCAUUAUAACCAUUUCCUAUGAAAGGUACCAUGAACUGCACUUUUUGGGGGUGGGAAAGGUGACUGAAUGCCAAUAUGGGGAUGGGGAAUGAGGGAGCAGGAACAUAGCAUAUGGGGUUUGUGGUUGCAGGAGGUUUACAGCCUAACUUAGCCUGCCAGCCGAGGGGGUUUAUUCUAGAAGUGCAUGCCACUGUUCUAUCUACUGAGACUAUUUAAGGUUUAUGCUGCACCUAGUAUUCUUUAGAGGGAGUAGGCAUGUGCUGGCAGGGGCCGGGAAAUAGAAACAGUGGAUGUUAUGCCAAUAGUAGUGUUUAGACUCUUCGUGUUUAUACUUAUGCAUAUUUAGGGAACUGUAUUUUAUUUGUCCUGUUUUAUCGAUUUGGCUUUUCUGAAGAAAGCAACCCCAUUUCAAAUUGUCUUUUAAUUAUGUCACAGCUUGUAUAUUUUAGCCACGUGUGUAUAGCUUCAUACAAUAGUGAUUUCUUCUUUUUUAUUGAUGGAUACAGUAUCCUAAUUACAAGGUUAUUUUGUACUUAAUACCUUGAGGGUAAUAAAAACUAAGAAAACUUUG